AUAUUCUUCACAAAAAAGAAUCUAACAUUUUAAAGAUCUAAAGAUAAGUUCCACGAUAUUGUUAAUAACGAUUUAAAAAAUGAAAUUUAUUUAAAAUUCAUUAACGUUUAUUUUGUGAUAAAAAAAAAACCAGUAGAACUGUGUGAAUAAACGCAAAUGGCUGUAAAACGAAUAUCAGAUGCGAAUUUUAUUUAAAUUAAGAAAACAUCGGCCAUUGAGUUAGUUGCCUGUAAAAUGUUAAUGAUUAAUUAAAAAAUAUUGAACUUGAUGCAUUUGAAAAAGUCUUUAUUUAAUAAUAUUUGUUGUCUGUUCGCAUUAAUAUAAACUGCCAAACAUUAAGAGCAACAAGUAUAAAGCAUGAUAAGAAUGAAGAUAUUAAACUGUGACGACGAAACAAAGUGAAAAUUGCAGUUCUUAACAGAGAAAUAAUUGAAAGCAUAAUAAUUUUGCGUAAAAAGUUUAAUUUUAAUGAAGUUAAUAAGUACAUAGACUCACUACACAUAGCACGAAGAGGAACAAAGUUUGAAUUAAAUAAGAAGCUUCCAGAUACUGCCGAAAUAAACAUUGACACAUUGUAGAUUGGGAAAAAUGAAACUUCUUGUAUUCACAAUCGCCAUUCAAUUUUUAUUGCAACAAAAUUCAUGCGCACGCCAUGAUCAUCCUUACUUUACACAUUACCAUCAUCACUAUUAUCAGUCAAAUGAGCCGACAGACUUAUCAUUAUGGAUUAGUGAGGAGCAAGUUAAAAUGUUUAGCGGAUACUUCUUUAGGAUAUUUGCAAUAGAGAAUGGUCGCGUUAAUCCAUUGCUUAGAGAUCCCGCAUUUGAUACACUCAUGCCAGUCAUACCUCCGGAAAUUAGUCACAUGAAUUUCACGUGGACAUCAGCUAAGAAAAAAUAUCGUUAUCAUUUUGAUCAGCUUAUAUCUCUAGACGAGAAAAUUCUUCUAUCUCCAGUCAUAUCUAUUAAGCCUAAAGGAAAAAUUCCACAUGAACCUAAACAAUUUAGUGUAAUGCUUCCAUGCUCAAACAUUACAUCGGGAAUUGCAAAAUUUUCGUUAGGUCUUCAAAUUAUGCGCAGCAAAGGAAAAUUUCUUCAAGGAACUCCCCUGCGAUUCACAUUACGAAAAGAAUGCAAUUUAAAUAGAGGUAUGAAAUCUACACUUGAUAUCUCUCCGGCUUUGCAAGGCGGUCCAGAUCCAGAAUGUGAUAAAAAGUGUCUGAAUGGUGGAACGUGUACAAAGAAUAAGAUCUGUAAAUGUGCUGAAGGGUAUAUAGGACAAAACUGUGAACAGGCUUUAUGCUUUCCUCAAUGUAUGAAUGGUGGAAAUUGUUCUGCACCAGCAGUCUGUUCCUGUCCAAAAGGUUAUCAAGGACGUUACUGUGAGGGUGGAAUUUGUAGUGAGAAAUGCUUAAAUGGUGGCAAAUGCAUACAAAAGGAUACAUGUCAAUGCCCAAAAGGUUAUUAUGGCUUAAGAUGUCAAUUAUCAAAGUGUGUUGUGCCAUGCCUUAAUGGAGGAAAAUGUAGAGGAAAUAACAUCUGUCGAUGCUUAGAUGGCUGGCUUGGAGAUCAUUGUGAAAUUGGAAGAAAAACACCAAGAUCAAUUUGCAAGAAACCUUGUAAAAACGGAACCUGUUUAUCAACUGGAAUUUGUGAAUGUAAAAAAGGAUGGAGUGGAAAGUUUUGCAACCAACGUAAUAAACGAAGAAAUAAGAAAUUAGGAAACAAGCAGGAUAAUAAUCAAAAUGUCAACAAUAAAAAGAUCAGGCAAACAUAGAAGUUAAAUUUAAUAAGAAAGUAAAAUAAUUUUUUGUGAUAUCCCUUUUGAACAUUAAAUUUCAUCACUUUAAUUCUUAAUAAAGCAAGGCAAAUUGCUUGUAAUUAAGUCUUACCAGUCCGUUAAAA